CCUGCGUGCGGUGGGCAGGGCCGGGUGGGGCUCAGUCAGACAGAAGCGGGCGUCGCCUCUCGCAGCUCCGUAGCCAGCUGGGUGUGCGGCGAUGGCUGGGCCCGGGGCGUGGGGCCGGAUCCACUUAUUGCUCCUCAGCGUCAGCUCCUGGUCCUUGAUAUCAGCCCAGGACACAAAAACCAUUCAAGUGCCUGAGAACGACCCAAUUGAAAUACCCUGUGCUGCGUACGCAUCGCAAAGCGGAACAGCCAGGGUUGAGUGGAAGUUUGAAAAGGGCUCUUCAAUAGCGCUGAUCUAUUAUGAUGCGAAAGUCACAGACCCCUACAAAGACCGUGUUACGUACACACCCACGGGGAUUCGUUUCAGUUCGGUGACUCGGAAGGACACGGGGAAGUACAUCUGCGAGGUCCUCUGGGGCACUGGCCAACUAAGAAAGUCAGAAGUUGACCUCAUCGUCCAAGUGCCACCCUCCAAGCCCGUUGCCAAGGUGCCCACCUCGGUGACCAUCGGCAACAAAGCUGUGCUGACGUGCACGGAAACAGAUGGCUCUCCACCCUCUACCUUCCAGUGGUACAGGGACAACAUCCUGAUGCCCUCCAAUCCCAAGACCAGUGAGAAAUUCAGGAACUCCUCCUACACGAUCGACACCAAGACAGGAGUGCUGACGAUUGAGCCCGUAACCAGCUUCGACACGGGGGAUUAUUUUUGCGAGGCUCAGAACAACGUUGGGACUGCUCAGAAAUCUGAAGUCAUCCACUUGGAAGCCACUGAAGUCAACGUGGGCGGUAUUGUGGCAGCUGUGGUCGUGCUGCUAAUCGUGCUGGCACUGGUUGCCUUCGGCAUCUGGUUCGCCUACAGUCGUGGCUUUUUCAGCAAGAGAAGAGACAGCACCAAUAAGCAAGUUAUCUACAGCCAGCCGUCCAACCGGAGUGACGGAGAAUUCAAACAGACCUCGUCCUUCCUGGUGUGACAUUGGCUCCGGAUCGGCUCCCCCUCUCCUGCCGACGUCCUGCCCCUGGCCCUAUGAACUGCUGUAAAUGUUCUGUGUGAAUUACUGUAACUCACUGCGAUUUUAACUAUUUUUUUUAAAAGUUUCACCUAGUGCCUUUUUA